CAAGUGUUUUGCGCUCUCUCAUGAUUCUGGACCGAACAUGACUUCAGCUAUAGACCCCUGCUCAUUUUCCUCAUUUUCCAAGUGCGUUACCAAGCACCUGAAUCUCACCUUCCAUGUGGAUUUUGACAGCCAUGUCCUCAAAGCUAAGGUCGCGCUCACCGUGGAGGUGUUAGUGGAUCAUUUCACGUCUUUGACCCUUGACACAAAGGACCUGAAGGUCUCCAAGGUAACAGCCAAUGGACAGGCAGCAAAGUUCACUCUGGGACCCAAGCACAGCUUCAUGGGAACCCCUCUGGAGAUCACACUGCCAUUUGACCUCUCCAGGGGUCAGCAUGUGGUCGUGGAGGUGACCUAUGAGACGGCUCCUAAUGCUUCUGCGCUGCAGUGGCUCACUCCUGAACAGACUGCUGGGAAGAAACACCCCUACCUCUUCAGCCAGUGCCAGGCCACCCAUUGCAGGAGCAUGGUACCCUGCCAGGAUACUCCCGCCAUGAAGCACACCUACUAUGCCCAGGUGUCUGUCCCCAAGGAGCUGGUGGCUGUGAUGAGCGCUGUACGGGACGGAGAGGAGCCUGAUCCCCACGACAGCAGCCGGGCCAUCUACCGCUUCAGACAACCAGUGCCCAUGCCCUCUUACCUCAUUGCCAUCGUGGUAGGAGCUCUGGAGAGCAGAGAGAUUGGGCCCAGGUCUCGUGUUUGGUCAGAGAAGGAGUUUGUGGACAAGGCAGCAUAUGAGUUCUCGGAGACAGAGACCAUGUUGAAGACCGCUGAGGGCCUUGCGGGGCCGUAUGUGUGGGGCCAGUAUGACAUCCUGGUCCUGCCCCCCUCCUUCCCAUAUGGAGGCAUGGAGAACCCCUGCCUUACCUAUGCCACCCCCACGCUGCUGGCUGGAGACAGAUCCUUGUCCAAUGUCAUAGCCCAUGAGAUCUCUCACAGCUGGACUGGCAACCUGGUGACCAACAAGACCUGGGAGCACUUCUGGCUGAAUGAGGGUCACACGGUGUACCUUGAGAGAAUGAUUGGCAGGUCUAUGGAGAGUGAACAGUUCAGACAGUUCAAGGCCAUGGGCGGCUGGAAGGAGCUGCAGGAAUCGGUGAACACGUUUGGGGCCAACAACCCUCUGACCAACCUGGUUCCCAACCUGAAUGAGGUGGACCUUGACGAAGCCUUCUCCUCAGUCCCCUACGAGAAGGGUUUCGCUCUUCUCUACCACCUGGAGGAGCUCAUGGGAGGACCUGAGGUGUUUAUGGGUUUUGUUAAGUCGUACAUCCAGCUGUUUUCUUACAGCAGCAUCACUACUGAGGAGUGGAAACACUACCUCUUCACCUAUUUUAAGAACAAGGUGGACAUCCUGAAUAAGGUGGACUGGAACGCCUGGAUGCACACCCCUGGGAUGCCCCCCGUCAAACCACAAUAUGACAGCACCAUGGCAGACGCCUGCAUCGCGCUGUGUAAGAGAUGGAUGAAGACCAAAGAGGGGGAUCUGGGGAAUUUCAGUGAGGGGGAUGUGAAGACUCUCUCCACCCACCAGCUCAUAGAGUUCCUGUCUCUGCUCCUGCAACAGGAGCCCCUCCCCCUCAGCCAUGUGAAGAGGAUGCAGGAAGUGUACCAACUCAACGCCUUCAACAACGCAGAGAUCCGCUUCAGGUGGCUGCGGCUGUGUGUCAAGUCCAAGUGGGAGGAUGCUGUUCCCAUGGCACUGAAGAUGGCGACAGAGCAGGGGAGGAUGAAGUUCACACGGCCACUAUUCAAAGAAGUGUAUAACUUUGAUAAGUAUCAUGAGGAGGCGGUGCGUGUGUUCAUAGCCCACCGCGCUGCCAUGCACCCGGUAACGGCCAAUCUGGUGGCCAAGGACCUGAAGGUGGACAACGACAAGAGCACCUGAUUCUAAUUGGAAUCCCACCAGAAGCACUCCAAGACUGGCAUUAUUACCGGUUCACACACCCCACCCCGUUGCAUAAAAAAAAAACAGAGAAAGCAAGAGAAGCUUCCAGCCGCACCCCCACUUUUUAUAACGGUCUCUACUUUGCUUGGCAGCUAUUCAGAAUUGGCUUGUAUCUGUUUGUUUUUACAUUAAGGUUUGUGAUAUGUCGAGCAGGGUUGGGGUCAAUUCUGAAUUUUUGAAUUGAAUUCAAUUUGAAUUGGCCACACCCCACAGGAAACAGAAUUUGAAUUGAAGGAAGUAGGUUUUAAUUUAAACCAAUUAAACUAAGGCAUGAAAGUCUAUUAAUUUGACAAACCUUUUAUAAAAAGCAUAUGCCACAAAACACUCACCAUUUAAAAUAUUAUGGAUCUAUUCAACCAGAUCUGCUUUAGCAGACAUCACCAUAGCUUUUGUUUUGACAACGGAGGUGGAAUUGUUAGAUCUGUCAAAUCGACAAGUGACUCCUGGCAUUCUACCUAAAGCGGACGUUUUCAUUGGCUGCAUGUCAUUGCAUUAACAGAAAUCCUAUGAAGCCUUGUUUAAUAACAGAAAUCCUAUGAAGCCUUGUUUAAUAACAGAAAUCCUAUGAAGCCUUGUUUAAUAACAGAAAUCCUAUGAAGCCUUGUUUAUCAUCAUUAUUUUUGUUUGAAUGAUUUUUCAAUUUGAGCUGCGUUAUUUCUAUAUAUCCUACCCUUUCUUGUUCUGAAUUACUAAUGCAAGUAAUACUAUUGUCGGUUAACACUUGAUCAAACCAGUAUUUUUCUUUGUCAUAUGUUUGCUUAUUCCCUUUCAUACAAUUGUUUGAUCUUAUAACUUCUGGGAAAUGUAUUUGGAUAUUUAAAAACACGAAGGGAAUUAUUAUAGACAACCCACAACAUGAUCUUAGAGUAUUUCAGACCACUGUAAUUAUUUCAAAUUGUUUUAAGAGAAUGAGUUUUAACAAAUGAAAUGUUUCCUUAUGGUAUUGGUAACCAUACAUUACCUGUUGUAAUGUGUAGAAUUCGCAACCAAUUCAGAAUGGACUUCAACCCAGACAUCCAGGUAUUCAUCUCGGGGCAGAAAAGUUCUAAAUAAAGUUUUUUAUUUAUUUAAUAUUUUGGGAAACUCGUUUUAGAACGGUUAAAUCUUGUCCAGAAUGCAAAUACAGAACCUGUGUGAAUUAGUUGCAAUUAUCUCAUGCUUUUCUUUGACGCCAUUAAACACCAUUAUCAGAGAGUA